GUCAAGGUCGGUGGGAAGCCGCGCCCGCGGGGGAGCACGAGGAGCGGCGGCGGCGGUGGUGUUGACGACGGUGCCGGUGUCUCGGCCCGGAAUCUCCGGCGGUUGAAGUUCACGGUCGAGAAGUUCGUGGAGGGCAGCCGGGGGUCGCCGGAGCUCGGGGCUGCUGCCGACUGGGCAGGUCCAGGCCCCCCGGCGGGCCCCGGCCCGAGCCGCAAACAGGCCAGGAGGGAGCAGCGGCUGCUGAAGAAGCGGCGGCGGAGGGACUAUUACCUGAGGAGACACUUGGAGCCGGAGCAAACGGCGGGAGAGACCCCGGGGCCGGGAGGCGAGGCCGAGGGAGAGGCCGAGGAGGAGGAGGAGACGCCGCCGGACAAGGCCGCGCGAGUGAAACCGCCCGGGAAAAGCCAGGUGGCUAAACCCGCCCCGGUCCCCCGGCCUCACGGCGGGCCGAGCGAGGCCAGGAACAGGGGUUUGCUGGAGGCCAACGAGGCCGAGGAGAAGGAGAUCAAGUGGCUGGAGAGGGCCCUGGGCCUGAACAAGCGCCGCAGGAAGAGCGGCGCCAUCCCGCAGUCCUUCGCCCGGGACGGGCUGGAUUACAUCCUGGGCGUGAUCGAGCCCGGAGCCGCCGUGUCCGCCUUGUGCGAUAGCGACGGGGCGGAGGAAGAGGAGGAGGAGGCGGCGGCCAGCGCCAUGCAGAAACUGAUGGCUGAGGAGGAGCCCAGUCAGUCUGAAGCUGCUGAGGAAGGUGAAGCUGCUGAGGAAGGUGAAGCUGCUGAGGAAGGUGAAGCCGAUGAGGAAGGUGAAGCUGACGUGCCCUCAGACAAUGAAAGUGGAGUGGAGGAGGAGGAGGAGGCGAUGGAAGUGGAAACUGCCCACAGUCUUGAGGACAGACUUGAAUUACACGAGAGCGACUCUGGACGAACCCCUGGGAAGGACAAGGUAGAAAGAUCAAAUGGAAAAUAUAUCCCUCCACAAUUACGUAGAAUGGAUGUGAAGAAAAAGGAAGAACUUGAAAGACUGAAGAAGGCUGUGAAAGGACUUCUGAAUAGGUUGAGUGAACCUAACAUGGCCUCCAUUAGUGGUCAGUUUGAAGAGCUUUACAUGACCAACAGUCGUAAAGAUAUGAAUGAUACUCUGACAGAUCUCCUCUUGGCUGCCUGUGUCACUCCUGCCUUGAUGCCUGACAGACUGCUGAUGGAGCAUGUUCUGUUAGUUAGCAUUCUUCAUCACAAUGUUGGAAUUGAGGUGGGAGCCCAUGUUUUGGAAAUAGUAGUGAAGAAGUUCGAUGAACUGUCUCAACAUUAUACUGAGGGAAAAGAAUGCGAUAACUUAAUCAACUUGGUUGCACACCUUUACAACUUUCACGUGAUUCACGCUGUUUUAAUGUUCGAUAUUCUCAAGAAGCUCACAAGCAACUUCAAAGAAAAGGACAUUGAACUGAUCCUUUUUUUACUGAAGCGUGUUGGAUUUUCCCUGCGGAAGGAUGAUGCUCUGGCAUUGAAGGGGUUGAUUUUGGAGGGGCAAAACAAAGCCAACAGUGUUGGGAAGCAAUUUCAGGACCAGACCAGGGUUCGAUUUAUGUUGGAAACAAUGCUUGCACUAAAAAACAAUGAUGUACGGAAAAUCCCCGGUUAUGAUCCUGAACCCGUUGAAAGACUUCGAAAACUGCAGCGAACUCUGAUCCGUAAGAGUGGUGGUGACUUCCAGCUCCGUGCAACAUUAGAAAACUUACUGGAAGCAGACCAGGUAGGCCGUUGGUGGAUUGUUGGAUCUUCCUGGAGUGGAGCCCCCAUGAUUGACAACAGCUCAACGACACAGCAGCAGAACGUUGUUGGAGAGGUUAGCGCAAAAAUGAUGGAGCUUGCAAGAAAACAGAGGAUGAAUACAGAGAUACGAAGAAAUAUCUUUUGUGUUGUGAUGACCAGUGAAGAUUAUUUGGAUGCUUUUGAAAAGCUCUUAAGACUUGGAUUGAAAGAUCAGCAAGAAAGGGAGAUAAUUCACAUCCUUGUUGAUUGUUGUCUUCAAGAAAAGACAUUUAAUCCUUUCUAUGCUUUCCUAGUGGGAAAGUUCUGUGAAUAUGAGAGAAGAUUUCAGAUGACAUUCCAAUUCACCAUGUGGGAUCGAUUCAGGGAUUUAGAAAACAUGACCACUGUGACGACCACAAAUUUGGUUAAUUUACUUGUCCAUCUUCUCAGCAGAAAAGUGCUGUCUCUCUCCAUCUUUAAGGUGAUUGAAUUCAGUGAACUGGAUAAACCUAAAGUCAAGUUUCUGCGGCAGAUUCUAGUAAAAAUGCUUCUGGAAUUGGAACCAGAAGAAUUGACGAGCGUAUUUCAAAGGAUCUCUGGAAUUCCGAAGUUAGCCAUGUUACGAGAAGGUCUGAAACUCUUCAUCACACACUUCCUUUUAAAGAAUGCCUCCAAUCUUGGCUCCUCACAGGAAGCUAAUUUACUUAAAGAACAUGUUGACCUUGCUAAAAAGGCUCUACAAGCCAAAGAUGCUAAACUGAAAUUUUAAAUAUUACAGAUGUCAUACGGAUGGACAGGAACUGAGAAAUCUUGUAUAUUUUGACUUAAAAGACCUUUGUUACAAAAUAGAGGAGUGAUAGCGUCACUGGUUGAAACUUUGUACAGUAAACUUCACAAGUUGUAUCUGUUGGGACCAUACACUUAAUAACUUAUGCAAAGUAUGAUUGAUGUGAAUAAGUCGUAUCAUAUGACUUGUAUAAAGUUACGUUUAAAUUGGGUUUUACAUUACUUCUACAUAAAUACACAAUUAUGAGCUGGCUGCUGACAUUAAGGUAAGGUUUCUGUACCAUGUUUAGCCCAUGUAUAUUAAAGCUAUGGUAGCUCAUUCCUUCUAUGUACAGUACUGCAUCUCAUGUGAAGAAAACAUGUGCUGUACAAUGAAUGGCACAACCAACCAGGUUUUGAAACAACAGUUUUAAUAGAAUAUAAACUCUUCCAAAGGACACAGUAUUCUGGAACUGAAUUAUCAAUCGUACUUGUUCACUGUUAUGUACUGCACAUGUAGUUCCUCCAUAUUACAGCCGGGAAAUUAGCAUGUAGGUCGGGACUUAGGUUUGUGCGAUUAUCUGACAUGGAGCACUGUGUAUACUGCUUCAAGACCGGUAAACGCACACCCUUCACUCUCCACGUCAUCACACAUUACUCCAUGUGAUCAGUCUCCUCUUUCCUCUCUCAGCCCUCACUGCCAUGAGCAAUGACACUGGGAGGAAGGUUGUGGAGAGUUAGGGUCCUACCGGUGGUAGUGGGAAACAGUUUUAAUCCGGCAGCCAGUAACUUCAGAAGCGUUGCUAUGAGUUGUCAGAUUGUUAAUAUGACUUCAUAUACAUUUAAGUGUAUUUAAUAGGUAAUUCAAUGGCACUUGGGCAACAUAGGCGAUUAUGAUUUAUACAGAUCAGAUUUAUGUGACUUACUAAACUAAUUUAUUUAGAAAAUCUACUUUGCAAUUAGUUGCAUGUGCAGAAGCAAGCACUAGGUGGUGCAUUUCUACUGUAUCAGUAUGUUGGUGCCUUGUUCUCACCAGGCCUUUUUGUGCUGGUAGUUGCUUUGCAAUUGAAAGUUUCCAUUUGUAUUAUCAAUAAAACCUAGCUAUAUAUUC